AUGUACGCAAAUAACAGAAGAUUCAAGAGACAAUUUGCUGUGGACCUACCCCAUGUGCCGGCAUCCCCUAAUCCAAGUGAAGCUUCUCCCGAACUCCCAGAUAGUCCAACUCUUCAGACUGUUGAUCACCUUCAAAGGUUCUAUACCCCCAACAUACAGAUCCCAUUCGGAGAUGAAGAUGAGGUACAUGAUACACCCUCUGCUCCCCCAGACUUGAAUCAGGGGCACCAAGUAAUGGUUAAGGAUGAGGCAGUGAGCCCAAGCACACUUUCCACCCCAACAACCCCCAGCGUUCCAGCCACCCCAACCACUUUAGGCACCCCAAGUAUUCCAGCCACCCCAACCUCUUCUAUUACCCCAAAUUCUUUGUCAGACUUCAGUCGGCCUGCAUCCAGCCAGUUCAGCCGUAGCACUGACCUCAACAGCAGCUUCUCCGAUGCCCUGUCAGUGAACUUCAGCGUUGGUGAUGGUGCUGACAAUGGUCCUAAUGAUGAAGAUAACCAUGCUUAUGACCACAACCAGAAUAAUGAUCAUACAGUUGGCUAUAUUUCACCACCUGAUCCCCUCUUCAGCGCUCCAGAAAGUUGUGGCCGGACCAGCUCGCGGAUGGGGUUUCUUCAAGCAAGUCUCUCUGAAUCUCUCACCUCAUGCAAACAAGAAACACCUACUUUUCUGCCUGACACCCCGAUGUAUACCCCGAAAACUCAAACUCAGAGGCCUCAAUCAAGGCAAGCUUUAGACAUCCAGCAGUUUAGGGAUGAAAUCUUGCAUGGCCGAUCCAGUCUGAGCCAGUCUGGUCUGAGUCCCGAGUCCAGCAAUAAGUCCAGACAGAGUCAUUCCUCAGCAGGGGAUAGUCGAUCAGAAUGGAACCUCUGGCGAGUGCUUCCUCCCAUCAUGCCACAGCAAGAUGAAUUGCAAGGUGAGACUGUAAUGGAAGGGACCCCUGACUCCAAAUCCAUCAGGUCCCAGUCCGAUUUAUUUACCGAAUUGGACGAUCUGGCUCCUCUCUCAGAUCCCUGCGUGUCUCCGGACCACCCGGCCGGAAGUGAAACUGACCGAUCUCAGUCUAACACAGAUCUGAGUCCGGGGCUCGCGGCUCUUACAGUGGGCUGUGAUUCAGGGGAUCUGGGAUCUUUGUCUCGUGUGCAUCUCUUACUGCUGGAGAGGGGAGGAUCGGAGAGCCCUCAUUCCGUCCUGAGUCCGGAAUGGCGUAACUCUCCAAACGGAGAGGACUUCAAACCUGGCCUCCGAGUCUGGAGCUCGGGCAUUCCCCAACAUUAUCAGUCCACAGUCUUGGAAAGCCGCAAACCAUUAAGUGGCAGAAACAGUGACAUGUGCCAGGCCCAAGAUUCUUUGGCGACUUUGAAGGGACCCAGAGAUUGCCCUGAGCUCAUCAGUCAGGGAUGCGGAUCAGGGACAUCAUCUUCAUGUUCUAUUAACUCAAGGAUCUCUGAGAGCAGCUCCAGAAACAAAGAGAGACCCGAACAAGGUUGGGAGCAGUCAGAUGAAAAUGAUCUGACCUAUUGGUCCCCUCUCUCUCCCAGUGCUUUACUGGCAGAAGAAUCAUCUAAGGAGGGAACUCCACAGGUGCAGAUACGCGCAGACAAUACAGACCACGCUAAUGUGGAAGAUCAUAUGAACACAUCCAACAGACUCAGAGAGAAGAGGAAGAAAAAGAAAGACGGCAAGAAGUGGAAGAAUAAAGCUCUGGAGAUCUACUCCAAACUGCAGGAUGGGAAGGAACCAGCACAACCCACUCAUCAGAGCCCAUGCUCCAAGUUUGAGGAUUUUGAUUUCCUUGCAAAGUACUGCAUCCUCAGCCAAGACAAGCUGUCAUUGUACAAAAAAGCUUUUGAGGCCGCGGAUAGUGAUGGAGAUGGUUAUCUGAGCUGCUUGCAAGUGCUGGUAGCUCUGAAAGAGAUCAUUCCCCCAGCACUUUUGACAGAGGAGGAGGAAAUCUAUGUCUAUAGGAUACUGGAACUGGUUGAUUUCAGAGUAACAGAAGGCCUUACAGACCUGCGGCUGUUUGCGGUAGUGGCCAGUUUGGCCCAGAAAAUAGCCACGCUGGAUGAUUUCAUGCGCUCCCUUAUCAGCAAGAUGGAUUUCAGGUCUCUGGAGAUGAAGCUUUACAAAGCCAAGCAGUUGUUUCUGUUCUUGCUGGAGGCGCAGACAGGGGGUGCUGUUGCGCCCCACGGUUGCAUAGACGCAGAGCAGCUGCUUGUAGAGCUCAAAGCCGGCGGCAUUAGGUCGGAGGAUGAGGUGUCGGUAAGAAGGGAGCUUCGCAACCUUCGCUCCCUCGACCUUCUUGACUUCCUGGCACACCUGCCUCUCUUCAUCCUCAUCCACAACUCGGUCAUCGCCAAUCCCUUCGACGACUCCAACAACCUGUGACAACAUCAAUAAAAACUGUUUCCACCAGUAAUCAAGCGUGAUUAGGGGGUUACACAAAAAUAAUACAUUCUGUCACAAUUGAUUUAAAAUGUUUAAAGUCGUGUACUGUAUAUGACUCUUUCUUCUGUGGAACACAAAGGACGA